CGCCAAUUUAGAGCCCCGCCCUUCUCCGGGCGUCGCGCCGCCGAUGACGUUGCAACCAUGGAGCCGGCCUUGCGGCUGGGAGCAGGUGUCUCCAAACAGGAAAUUCGUGAAAAGAUUUGGGAUUAUAUGGAAGCACAAAAUAUAGCUGACUUUCCAAGGCCUGUCCAUCAUAGGAUUCCUAAUUUCAAGGGGUCUUAUGAGGCCUGCCAAAAUAUCAAAGAGCUAGAAGCCUACUCCAGAAUGCAAGAAGUUAAAGUGGAUCCUGAUAAACCUUUGGAAGGAAUUCGACUAAUAGUACUGCAGGGCAGAAAAACUUUGUUAGUUCCUACACCACGAUUGAGAACGGGAUUAUUUAAUAAGAUUGUCCCACCACCUGGAGCAACAAAAGAAAUCUUGAGAAAGUGUGCCACUUCUCAGGGUGUAAAAAACUACAGCGUACCUAUAGGUUUGGAUUCUAAAGUCCUUGUGGAUUUGAUAGUAGUGGGAUCAGUGGCUGUUUCUGAAAAAGGAUGGAGAAUUGGGAAGGGAGAAGGUUAUGCUGACAUGGAAUAUGCAAUGAUGGUAUCCAUGGGAGCAGUCAGGGAGGAGACACCUGUAGUAACCAUUGUACAUGACUGCCAGGUUAUUGAUAUACCUGAAGACCUGAUUGGUGCUCACGAUCUAACUGUGGAUUACAUCCUCACUCCUACCAGAAUAAUUGUGACCGGCUGCACAAAGCCCAAGCCACAGGGCAUCAUAUGGUCCAUGAUCAGUGAGGAGAUGAUGGAAAGAAUCCCCAUCUUAAAGAAUCUUCGUUUUCGAGAGAAGCAAGCAGGGAAAGACGUCACCUUACAGAAGACGCACCUGGCACAUUUGAAAAACAGCCAGAGGCAAGCACCCCUUCAGAACGCUGGACAGAUUGCCUCUGACAGUCCUGCAGAUGUGGCCCAUUCUGCCCACUGUGACAAUGAGCAUGGAACUUCAAAAGCAGAGCCCUCCAAUGUCACCACUGUCUAUGUGGGUAAUAUUCCCAAGGAUGCUAGAGUGAGUGAUCUGAAGAGAACUCUUCGGGAGUAUGGUGCUGAGCCUUUGAGGCUGAAUUGGCAAGGAACGCAAGGCCGGGCUUUCCUUGAUUACAAGGACCUGGCUACUGCAGAAAGCAUCAUCUCUUCCUUGAAAGAUUUAAACUUUAGUGGGAAUACUCUAUGGGUUAAAUUAGCUAAGAAGCAAAAGUGAUCAGAUAGUAGUAAAGGGGAAAGCGUGUCUUUUCUCAUUGUAAAGAUUUGGGCUGACAUUUAAAUAUUUUUCUUCGUUUGAAGGGCAGUGGCAUUGGAGGAUGACAUGUCUGAAUCCCAAGCAAGGCCAGAGUACCCUGUAAAUCACUUUCUGUUCUUAAGAGAUCAUAUUGCUAUUUGGUACUUCAUACUUACAUUUCUCAAGCCAAGGUUAGGAUGUCACAGGGGGUUAAUAGGAUUUCAGUGCCUACCAUUUUUCUUAUGACUUUCCACUGUCUGAUUGGAAUUUGUCCAUUAUAGGAUAGUGAAAAACAUUCUUCAUUCAAGAAGAAAAUUCACCUUAAAUCUGAAUAUCAAAAGAGAAUUAAGGGAUUGGAGGAGGCAGGGAUGAAGAAACAUUAAAGAGCAUUAAAGAAUGUUAAAGAGCAGAUUUUGGAAGUUGUCUUCUAAGGGAAACAGCAACCCUGCAACAAUCCUAGAAAAACUUAACAGUAAAUUGAGAAGAUGAAUGGACUCAGCACCAGCAAAGCUAAAUUGGAUCUUGACUCUAAGGUAUUUGUAUCAAAAUGUAUACCCAUCCUUUACAAGAAUCAUCUUUACCUCACAGUUUACCUCUGCAGACAUGAUGCCAGACAGAGAGCCAAGUUGAUAUGUUCAAUUAAAUAUGAACAGUGAGUCUUUAUAGGGACAUAAUGUCUUUGAAUAAUGGAUUUUGAAAAAAUAAUAACAACAACAAAACCCUUCACAUACACAUGCUUGCUUAAUACCUCAUAUUUUCUUUCCAAUUCCCUGUUCCUGAAAAACAAGCUGGAUUUUGGCUGAACUGUACUUUCUAAACAGAAGCACUUUUGCAAUUGAUCCUGGGCAGAAAGUCAAAAUAAGCAUCUAAAGGGACAUUUUAUUAUUAUUUUUUAAAUGUAUAUGAGUUGGAAAUGUUUUUUCAGCCAGAGGGUAUUGCUAAGUGUAUUUUAAGUAGAUUAUUAUGCCUCCAGAGGGUCAGGCCUUUCAUAUAACAUUGAAAAAACACUCUCAAACCUAUCAAGUUUUCCCUAAGGAAAAAAAAAAAAAA